AUGAUGUCCGUUGAAUCCAAGAUCCACUAUAGCAAGCCGCAAGGUCCACCCCCAGGAUCGACCGUAUCCUCUCCAAUUGCAUCCAGACUGGCCAGUGCACAAUCGAGUGACACUGUUGUUCGCCGCGCUGAACUAUCAACAACCAACGAGGACGAUAUCGAGUCCAAGUACCAGCCACUGUUGACUCAUUCGUACAAGACCAUCAAUCGAAUCCAGUCUCCUAAGACUUUCGAGAACUAUUUGAGACUGAUUGGAAAGAAGAAGAAGAGUUUUUUUGGCGGUAAUAAAGAAACUAAAGGUGUUGCCAAAUUAUUUGCAACCAAAGUAAUUACCUGUUUCCAGGACGGCUUACCAUUCUACGCGCAUGACGAGGCGGUUCUUAACCAACUUAUUGAAUCAAACUGUCUUCCCAGAAUACAACAAGUUGCCCAGACGUUUGGAGUGCCCGGCCAGGAGUACUCGUUCUAUGAUCUGAGUCAACUUUGUUUGUUCAAGAUCUUUUUCUAUAUCGACAAUUCCGGCUCAAUGAGAACAGGCAAUCGGUUACAGCAGCUGCACGAUUUCCUGAAACUGUUUAUGAAGAUCAACGUCAGCACACAACCGCUCAGACUGAAAUUCAUGAACAACCAUCAGGAGAUCUACCAAUUCCUCAAGUACAACCACAACGUUGACUGUGACUGUAUCGAGACAGAGCAACAGUUGGACCUUGUUCUGUCCAACUUGGUGGUUGGCGGAGUCACUCCGUUGGCCACUAAUUUGUACGAGCUGAUCUUGAAGCCAGAGAUCAGAUCCCGUAAACUUGCACAGCCUUUACUUAUUGUCACGUUUACGGAUGGAGCACCAAAUGGAGACAGAUACAAGCUCGACAAGGUCAUCAAGAUGGCCCAGAAAGAACUGAAGGAGAACAAUAUGCCUAAACGGUCGAUCUGCUACCAAUUUGCACAGAUCGGCACCGACCUGGACGCAGGCGAGUACCUGGACAGUUUGGAUAACGAUUCUAAUAUUGGAGACGUGAUUGAUUGCACAUCUCCAAUUGAGAUCGAGAUGAAACAGAUUGCGCGUAAAAAUAAGGAGCUAUCAACUGAAGUCAACUAUGUGAAGAAGUUGCUUCUAGGAGCCAUUGAUAUCUCGUACGAUUCGCUUGAUGAGGUUAACCAUCGCAUUUAUUAG